AUGCCACUCAAACGCCUGCCAGAGUCAUCCCCGCCUCGUUUCAAGCGCUCCUUUUCAGAAUAUUCCACCUCCACCAUUCCCAACUGCAUCGCUACCCCACCACGUCGGUCGUCCCCCUCCACGUCCUCUGAGGCCGCUGGAUCUCGGCGUUCGAGCACCCUGUCAUCAGAGAACGACAGAUGGGAGCUUGUUCCGCACAGCGACGAGGAGUCAACCAUUAACGACGAAGCUCCCGGUGGCGAGGGUGAUCUUAAUGACACCCAUCCUCACACUGUGACGGGUGAGAUGAACGGAACCGCGCCGGCCAAGACGGAGGCUCAGCCGCAAACUCCGCCACCUGGACCUGCAACCGAGGCCGUCAACUACCACCCUCGGUUCUCUGGGGAGGGCGACGUGGUUAUCAAGGCUGGCAUCGACAGCCCCAUCCAUUUCAAGGCCAACUACAAUGUCCUGGUGGCCUCCAGCUCGUGGCUGAAGACCAGGCUUCCUAAACCCCAAGCCAACACCGCUCCACCCGUCUUCCAUAUUGGCACCACCCCCGAGGACCUGGUGUUGCUUCUCCACUUCCUGCACGAGGUGGACGGGCAGUGUCAGCUUCCACCGCUUCAAGCGUCCCUUGAGGACUGGGUUUCCCUCUAUUGGCUUCUCAGUAUCUUUGGCAGCCCGGCAUACCUCAUCCCAAUCCUCACCAAACGCGCCAGCGAAGCAGCAUUGAAGCGGAUCUCCGAUCUGGGCGACUGUCCUCACCAAGACGACGUCCUGGACGUCCUUGCGGCCGCGAUCGUGUUCAAACUCGGUUUGGUGUUUGCUACCGUUUUCUCCCGCAAGUUCCGCCGCGAGGGGUGGAGCAUUGUUGACAAUAUCACCCACGUCAACGGCCAUGCCCUGGCAGCGCGCCACAAGACAGUGUACGAGGUCCUGCUGGCUCUUGAGCGAGCGUCGCUUCACUUUCAGAUGGCGAAGAGCCAGAUUAAAGUGAAGCUGGACUUUGAGACCUCAGUGUUCUUGAUGUACGACGGACAGCAGAUCCAGCUCAAGCUCUGGAACGAUGACAGGAGGAAGGGUCUUGUUGGGAGGAAGAACUGA